UUCCAAUUCGCGUUUUGGUUUUACUUUUUUGGGUUCGGAUGGCUUUGUUUAAAUCCAGUGUUUCAUCUCUGUGGUUUGUCUUGGGAGCUAAAUGCUUUUGGAGGGUCUAAUACAAUCUGAUAUCCACUUUUAUUUGAUCUUCAUGCACUGCAGGAUACUGAGUUUUCAAUUUAUAUCCAAUUAAAAAAAUUUAUUGUUUGUCAGUUAGUUUAGUUUCUGCCUUGAUACAGAGCCAUUUUCUCUUGUUGGUGGUGACUGCUGACUCUGAGUUUCUGGCCAUGGGGAUUUCUCAAUUUUGCAUUCGAUGUGGUUUUUCUAAUGAAAAAUUGGUGUAUGCAGUCUCAUCCAUAAAGAUGCUUAUCUAAAAGAAAUGAAAACAAAUGGGCUUCAGUCCUUUGAUUGGUCUGACUGAACUUGAUCGGUUCAUCAAGUAUUAAAAUUGUAAAUGCUGGACAGUUACUAUUUGUUUAUAGUUUAACUGUUUCAACAGUAUCCAUUCAUAUAAUUGUUUAGCUGUUAUAUUAUGGUAUUAACUACUAUGCUACGAGCUUGAUUUCAAGGAAGAGCAUUGAUAUAAUGAAUCUGUUAAGAAUCGGCUUUCAGAUUUUAAAGUAACCAAUGAGUUUCAUAGAUACAAACUUUCAGUGGUGUAAACUCAGCAGGAGCUAAACCUAGAGAGGUACUUAGAUAUUACUUCCGAUUUGAUGCUAUAACACAUUCCUCAAUUAGAUAUUAAUAGCUCAUAAAUGGGGUCUGAAGGGCCUUCAACAGUAACAAUUCAUGUGACCGGUUUUAAGAAAUUCCAUGGAGUUUCAGAGAAUCCAACUGAGACUAUUGUUAGUAAUCUCAAAGAGUAUGUGAAGAAGAAGGGUUCACCAAAGGGUCUGGUUCUUGGAAGUUGCAGCAUUCUUGAGACUGCAGGACAAGGAGCAGUUGUUCCCCUAUACCAGACAUUGCGAUCUGCUAUCAGCGAGCAGGAUUCUUCAAAUUCCAGUAGAAUUAUUUGGGUACACUUUGGUGUUAAUAGUGGUGCAACAAGGUUUGCUAUUGAGCAUCAAGCUGUCAAUGAAGCUACUUAUCGUUGCCCUGAUGAGAUGGGAUGGAAGCCUCAGAAAGUCCCCAUUAUUCCUUCAGAUGGUGGAAUUUCACAUAUACGAGAGACUUCUCUUCCUGUUGAGGACAUAACAAAGGCCUUGGCAAAGAAGGGUUUUGAGGUGAUGACCUCAGACGAUGCAGGCCGCUUUGUAUGCAACUAUGUCUACUACCAUUCCCUUCGGUUUGCAGAGCAAAACGGGAUCAAAUCUCUCUUUGUUCAUGUGCCUCUGUUCUCGACCAUAGAUGAGGACACACAAAUGCAAUUUGCUGCUUCCUUGUUAGAGGUGCUCACUUCAUUAAAUUAGCAGUCCAUCAUCAUCCAACCACAUCUGUAUGCCAAAGAGCUUGAAAGAAAAGCUAGUAUGAAGUCGCCACGUUAUUAAGGUGGAUCAACGCUUCAUAAAUGGAAAUGCUUGAAUAAUCAGGAAGUGUAAUCAAAGCGAAACUGUAUUGAAAGAACAUUCUUAAAUGAUGUAUUUUUCGUAAGUGUUUUCCAGCAGGUUCCCGUAACUUGCCGUAAUUUUUCAAUCCAGUUUGUGAAUGACAUCCCAUUUUGCUCAUUGAGCUUGCUAA